UGCAGCACCCAUCCCUGAGAGGCUGCAGGGCUGAGUCCAGCCACCCCAGAGCCAGGUCCUGCCCCUGCCCCUGCCCUGGGCUCCGUGGCAUCAUGAUGAUUCCAAAUGGGAGCAGCAAAGCACCCACGGAUGGGAAUUUCCAGCUGGCUUGGUGCACGUACCCAUGGCACCCCAAGCCUGCCUCCGAGUGCCUCCAUCCCUCUUUAAACAGAAACCAAAGUCUUUAAACUGCUAAUGCAUUUUUUUUGCAAACCCUUUCCCUGGCUGUGUUCCUUCCCCUGAGCCUCCUGAGAGCAUUUUGCCUGAGGAAUGAGGGCAGGAUUUGGCCCGGCGCUUGCCCCAUGGCCGCGCGGUGCGAGAAGGCGUUCAGACGUCGUUAUGAAUUAGCUUCCCUCCUACAGCGCUGCUCAGCUGCAACAUAAAAUGUGAUACUGCUUUAUCCAUUCAGCACUUACCCAACUUUAGCAGGACAUUAAGAGCCUGAAAAUACGCCACAGAUUUAUUUUCCUUGGAAGCGAGUUAAAUCCCUGACAGAUACAGUUGCUUUUCCUCGGGUGCUGAAGUAAUUUGGGGCUGGGGUGGCUGCUUUUUGUUUUAACCUCAUAGCGUGAGCUGGAGGCCAGCUUUGUGAAAGCACUUGUAGAGUAGGUGGUCAGGGGACAAUUUCUGUCUUAAUUUAUGUCGAUUCUCCUGUUUGCAGCCUGACGAGUGCAGCACUGAAGGGCUGCUGAGCGGUGUUGGUGUUAGUGCCGCGGUGUGCAUAGCUGCGAGCAGGUGUGUGCAGGCAGGCUGUUAAUGGAGAAGAGGGCGGAUGACAGCCGGGACUGUGGUCAUCACAGGUGGAAUAUUAGCAACUGUCAUUUUACUUUGUAUCAUCGCCGUCCUCUGCUACUGUAGGCUCCAGUAUUACUGCUGCAAGAAGGAUGAGUCCGAGGAGGACGAGGAGGAGCCCGACUUCGCCGUGCACUCCCACAUCCCGCCGCUCCACUGCAACCGCAACGUAGUGCUGACCAACGGCCCAUCCCUCUACGCCUCGUCACCCUUCGGCAAGAAACCGGCACAGAGCCGCCCCAGCUGCCCCAGCUGCACCCCAUACGAGCCCCCCACCUUCUUCCUGCAGGAGCCCCCCGAGGAGCUGCACAACGGCGGGGAUCGGGUGAGCUACAAUACGGUGAGCCAAGAAGAUCUCGACCUGCCGGUGAGCGUGUCCAACCUGCAGGCACUCAACCCCAACCGGCUCUCGGCCAUGCGGGAAGCCUUCUCCCGCAGCCGCAGCAUAAGCACCGAUGUCUGAGGCGCUGGCUGCCUGCGCAGCCCAGAGCGUCGCAUCGCACCUCACGGCUGCCUUUGGGGCUUUUAACAGCAGGGAGAACUUCCUGAAAUGGGUGGAAGUGUUUUGAAAAAGAAAGAAGAAACGUUGAAUGUAUUUCUGCGUACUCUGUUGGCAGAGGCGUGCUAAAUGGCAAUACAAAGGGGUAACAAAAAACAACCAAAAGGGGUGCGAGGGAGGGGCUGGUUGCAGCCGGGACACGAGGUUUUCUAGUGCUGAGUUGCGUUUUUUCUUUUUGUUCUUUUAUAAAGAGGAUUUUUGAUAUUGCACAUCCUUUUAUACAGAAUAAACACCCCCCUCUCCUUGACUUUUGUCAGGAGCGCCGAGGGAUGACAGGCAAGUAAUGGGGCACGGUGUUGGCUGCAGAAUGGCUCGUGUGGCAAGUCCGUGGGUGCCUGUCACCCCGCGGUGGGGAGAUGUUGCAUCCAGCUGCUCCUGGCCCUAGAGCACCCGCAUCCACACCCCAGGGGUCCCUUAGCAAAGCAGAGCUGCUCUUGCCCACCCUUCUGCACCGCUCCAUGCUGCAGCCAUGUGUGUGCGCACAGUCCUGCCCUAUUCCCAGGCCGUCUCACUCCUCAGGUUGGUCAUUUAUUCCCGGGUGAUGAAUACAAUCCCCUCAGGUUAGGGUGGCUGGUGGGUGCGCAGGCUGUCUGUGGAGCCCCUGGAGCAGCUGCGCAGACACCCCCGAUGGAGCUGGGCAAGGACGGGGUUGCAAACCUGUUGCAUUAGCCGGCUACGGAAAUACCGCACAGUGAAAGUGUGGAUAGAGGAAUACACCUGUAGAUGCCCCCUCCGAAUAAUCAGCAUCCCUGCUCCAAAUAACGCCAUACGUAACUUCUGAUUGAGGGCUGGGUGAGCAAGAGUGACCGUGUACGUGCCCUCUGCAUGCACAUUUCUACAUGCCUUUGUGUCAUGACGCUUUCUCCCCAUCCAGGAAUGUGGCAAAGCCCCAUCUACAUUUUUAUGUUUCUCCAAAGCGUUUCCCAGAGCCCGACAGCCUGGCCGGGGCUGUGGUACCAGCUCUGCCCCAGCUCCACCGGCCACACGGGAUGCAGCCAGGGCUGUGCUGGUGGGGCAGCGGGUGCAGAACCCUCUGCGCUAAACAUGCUGCAAAGGAGCCAUCUGGUUGUAUCACUGCUUUGUGGAGAGGAAUCACCCAUGGCAGUGGUGCCUGAAUAAGGACUCCUGUGCUCUGGUUUCUCUUGCCUGUCUCCGUUACUCUCCUCCAAUCUCACAACACCCCAGUUCAGCCGACAAAAUGCCCUCUUUCUCCUGGAUUGUGCAUUAUUCAGAUUAAAAGCAUCGUGCUGGGCUUGGGGACUGGCUGCAAAGAGACUCAAAUGGCCUCAGCGCUGCGCUCUGGGUCAGCUUUCCUUUUUAAAGAUGCGAUGGGAAGAAAAAGCCAUUGCUUCAACCCCUAUCGUCUCACAGACACUGUUUGCAGCCCAGCUGGGUAUUUUACUUUUAAGGGUGAGGGCUUUUAAUUCCACAGGAAAUCUUUUGAAGUACAAGUCAGUCUUUGUAAAUGAGUAUCUUUGACUUUCUUGGGGGGUUGGGUGGGGUGCUCUUCGGGGCAGGGUGGGGGGCUUUGGUUUCGUACAUGUUUAAUAUUCUGAGCUUGGUCCCUGCGGUGCUGUAUCCCAGGAGCAUGAUGCCUCUGCUCCAGGAGGAUGGCAGCACUGCGGCCACACUCCUGUGUACAGUUCUCACCGGGGUUUGUUUCCACGCAUCAGGCUCUCCUCUUUGCUUUUCUCAUGACCGUACUUCUCUUGCCAGCCUUCCUUUCUUUUCUUUUUCCUUUCCCUUGUAGCUUGGAAAUGAAGCAAACAGUUGGCUUUCACUAACCUUCACCUGGUGAUCUGUUGUACAGGACUUUGGGAAUCACAGAUUUAGGGGGGAGGGAGGGGAAAAUAAAAGCAAAAAAAAAGAAAUAAACUACUUUGACAUGG